ACCAGCUGCUGUCAGUUCUGUGCGAGUCAGUUAACCAGUGCGCGCCACUGAAGUUAUACCACUGCUUGUGUCACACAGUGUUGUCAGCGUACUGCAAUGUUAUGGCGGUUAAAACCGUAUUGUGUUUUUGUACGUUCCUCGUUAUCUCUUCAAUCGUGACUGCCCGUUCCGAGAAGAAGUACCCUAUCAGUUUCGAAGACGCUUUGCUCCAUCCUUUUUCUCCAGAAACUUUCAAUGGAACCUGGAUUUCAAGUAACGAAUACAUAUAUGAAGAUGACAGUACUUUGUACAAAACCAAUGUUGAGACAGAUGAAACUACUGUUCUUCUCAAUAGGACUCUGAUAGAAAAAUUCAACCUGACCGAUGUGUUAGUUUCGGCAGAUGGCAAGUGGGUCGCCAUAGAGCACGAUAAACAGUCUAUUUUCCGACACUCCAGGACGUCCUUGUACACAAUCAUCAAUUUAGAGACAGAAGAACAGUACGUUCUGGCAGAAGGGAGGAGGAUUCAGCUGAUCGCCUGGGCACCAGUUGGGUCAGGGUUGGUGUUUGUGGCAGAAAACGACAUUUACUACCAAUCGGAGGAAGAUCGUUUAGUGAACACCACCCAUAGGAUCACCACAUCCAACAAGGACAUCUUCAAUGGAGUGGCGGACUGGGUGUACGAAGAGGAAGUGCUGGGAGACACCAAGGCUCUAUGGUUCUCGCCAGAUGGAUCCAAGUUGGUGUUUGCAACCAUGAACGAUGUGAAUGUUCGGAACGUCACUUUCUGGAAGUACGGAGAUCCCAACAGAUGGACCAACAAAAACCUAGUUUCGUCUCAAUACGUCCAGGAAGUUGUCAUUAAGUAUCCGAAGGUAGGCACCAGAAAUCCUGUGGCAUACUUGAAUUAUGUGGACUUAGCAUCUGAAAAUUUUAAACCUGUUAUAUUCAAGGCGCCUACAGAUCUUGUUACCAGUGACAACAUCUUGGGAGCUGUUAGUUGGGCCAAUAAUACCCACUUCUCUGUAACGUGGAUGGAGAGACUACAGACCAAGGCCUGCACUCAGUUGUGUAGGGCGGAUGUGGACAGUGCUUGUGAUGUGGUAAGUUGGGCCAAUAAUACCCACUUCUCUGUAACGUGGAUGGAGAGACUACAGACCAAGGCCUGCACUCAGUUGUGUAGCGCGGAUGUGGACAGUGCUUGUGAUGUGGUAAGUUGGGCCAAUAAUACCCACUUCUCUGUAACGUGGAUGGAGAGACUACAGACCAAGGCCUGCACUCAGUUGUGUAGCGCGGAUGUGGACAGUGCUUGUGAUGUGGUAAGUUGGGCCAAUAAUACCCACUUCUCUGUAACGUGGAUGGAGAGACUACAGACCAAGGCCUGCACUCAGUUGUGUAGCGCGGAUGUGGACAGUGCUUGUGAUGUGGUAAGUUGGGCCAAUAAUACCCACUUCUCUGUGACGUGGAUGGAGAGACUACAGACCAAGGCCUGCACUCAGUUGUGUAGCGCGGAUGUGGACAGUGCUUGUGAUGUGGUAAGUUGGGCCAAUAAUACCUACUUCUCUGUGACGUGGAUGGAGAGACUACAGACCAAGGCCUGCACUCAGUUGUGUAGCGCGGAUGUGGACAGUGCUUGUGAUGUGGUAAGUUGGGCCAAUAAUACCUACUUCUCUGUGACGUGGAUGGAGAGACUACAGACCAAGGCCUGCACUCAGUUGUGUAGCGCGGAUGUGGACAGUGCUUGUGAUGUGGUAAGUUGGGCCAAUAAUACCUACUUCUCUGUGACGUGGAUGGAGAGACUACAGACCAAGGCCUGCACUCAGUUGUGUAGCGCGGAUGUGGACAGUGCUUGUGAUGUGGUAAGUUGGGCCAAUAGUACCUACUUCUCUGUGACGUGGAUGGAGAGACUACAGACCAAGGCCUGCACUCAGUUGUGUAGCGCGGAUGUGGACAGUGCUUGUGAUGUGGUAAGUUGGGCCAAUAAUACCCACUUCUCUGUAACGUGGAUGGAGAGACUACAGACCAAGGCCUGCACUCAGUUGUGUAGCGCGGAUGUGGACAGUGCUUGUGAUGUGGUCUAUUCUUACCAUGAGGAUAACGGGUGGCUGGACAUAGUAGAACCAGUGUGGGUGAACUCCACCGCCUUCCUAACAGUGCUGCCACACGAUCAGGGAGGCCAACUGGGCAACUACCGUCAGCUGAGUUUGGUGCAAGACGGCCAGGACGUGCCUCUGACUUCAGGUCCCAGUGUGGUCACAGCCAUACGCUGCUACGACAAGGAAGACAACACUGUUUAUUACUCAUCAACAGUGAAUGGUGAUUCAGCUAAAAGGCAUGUUUACAAAAUGGAUUUAAACAAUCCCGAGAAGCAAGAGUGUUUCAGCUGCCUGGUCCAAGAAGACUGCGCCUAUGGCACUGCUUCUUUCAGCAAAUCCUGCACUAACAUGCUUCUGACCUGCCGAGGCCCAUCGGUGCCUCAGUAUCACAUUUAUAACAAGAACGGUACACUACUAAAAUACCUGAGCAAUAACAGCCGACUCAGUGAACUACUGACUAGAGUCGAGUUGCCGACGAAGCAGGACCUGACUGUACCGAUAGGAGGAGGCUUCACUGGAAGAGUGCGGAUGCUGCUGCCCCCCAACAUCGACACGUCCGGACGCACCAAGUACCCAAUGCUCUUCUCCGUAUAUGCUGGACCAGAUUUCAACAAGAUUUCGGAUGCGUGGGCUGUACCAGGAUGGGACGACUACCUGGUGACCAAACGUCGUGUAGUCCUGGUGUACCUGGACGUAAGGGGCUCGGGUCUCCGUGGAGACAAGCUUAAAUUCGCCGUCUACCACAAGCUGGGUGGACCAGAAAUAGAAGACAUCAUCAAUGUUGCCCAAUAUCUACAACAGAAGUUUCCCUAUAUUGACGCCGUACGCACAGCCAUCUGGGGAUGGAGUUAUGGAGGAUUUGCCACUGCCAUGACCUUGGCUAAGGAUCGUCUUAACGUGUUCCGCUGUGGUAUCUCCGUAGCUCCUGUCACGAACUGGAUAUACUAUGACACAGUGUACACUGAGCGCUACAUGGGUCUCCCGACCAAUGACAGUAACCUCGCCGGCUACAUGGCAAGCGAUGUGAGCGCCCAUGUAGACAACUUCCGGCACAAGCUCUUCUACCUGAUCCAUGGCAACGCAGACGACAACGUGCACUACCAGCAGAGUAUGAUGUUGUCCCGAGCUCUGGAGUUGGCCGACAUUCUCUUCUUCCAGCAGAGUUACCCAGAUGAGACCCAUGGGUUGAGCCACGUCCACAGACAUCUUUACCAUUCCAUGGACAAAUUCUGGACCCGAUGUUUCCACCUGAACAGCUCCGACUACUUGGAUCCUGGCCUGGCACUGGACUUGUCUGUAGAUUACUCUGAUACUUACUCGGAGUGAGUCACCUCAACUCUGGAAAAAAAUAAAAAAACCUCAUGCAGAGUGAUGAGUAGUACACUUUGUGUGGUCUUUAUUUUUUGUUUGCUGUUCUCGUCGAGAGUCCAUCAACGUUCACCGAUCAAUUGAAAGCCAUGACUACUUUUGUUGCCUUACAGUAAUACUGUUUUACGUUUCACCCAACCUCACAUAACCAUCACUGUAAUUACAUCACUGAAAUUGUUGUGAUAUUCAACCAAUCGUGUUGUUGGUGUCCAUUAACAACUUAGUUUUAUUCUGGUGCUCUCUUAGCAUCUGUACUUUGUAAUACCUACAUGGAUAAAGACUGGUUUUUACAUGUUGUAA